CAUUAUUACCCUUUUUCUUUCUUUCUUUCUUCUUUUUUUCUUUUUCAAGUAUCUCCUGUCCUUUCUCUAAGUAUCUUAUUCUAUCGAACAAAGUUACACAGCAGACUGUCUCCUCGUCACUAACAACUUUUCUGCAACAAAAUUCUUCACAUCCAUGGCUGCUUCUCUGUAAAUCCUCACAUUACCCACUAACAAAUCUUCGUUUUUUCAACACGUACACCUUACAAGAUCCGUAAACGAUUCAAAUUACGAAGAAAAAGUAUGAAAAUUUUGGUGGGUUUUCUGUUUAAUUUGAUUUUGAAUCUUCAAAUUACCACCAUUGAUGCCAGACCCACCAGGUUAAUAUUACUUUCUGAUAUCUCUGUUCAUGAAUCUUCACCUGCUGCUGCUCCCAUCUCUUCAAUGGCGGAUCUCCCUCCCGGAACUCAUACGGAUAUCCAAAUCCACCAAAAUUCAAACAAAAAGCUUGUUAUAGGACUCGUUUCUGCAUCUUCUCUGAUAGGAAUCGUCUUAUUGCCCUUAACCUGUUUGUGGAUAUGCCGCAGAAAGAAACUAUACAAAUCAGCCAAAAUCAACUCCAGAAGAUUAGAUUCUUUAAAAGGGCUUCCAUUGACUUCAUUCAUCGGUAGAACAAAUACCACUUUCAACACCCAAAAGACAUCCGUAACUACAAUGGAUUACAACAUAUUACAAUCAGCAACAAAGAAUUUUCAAGAAAGUGAAAUUAUAGGUGAAGGAGGAUUCGGAUGCGUCUAUAAAGCUCAACUCAAUGAUAACUUAUUAGUUGCUAUCAAGAAACUCGACAACAAAACUCAAAACUCAAUCAAAGAAUUCCAGACAGAAAUCGAUAUAUUGAGUAAAAUUCAACAUCCAAACAUAAUUACUUUAUUGGGAUAUUGUGUUCAUGAUGAAACAAAGCUACUUGUUUAUGAAUUAAUGCAAAAUGGUUCUUUAGAAUCCCAAUUACAUGGGCCUUCUUGUGGAUCCAAUUUAACAUGGCAUUGCCGGAUGAAAAUUGCCCUAGAUAUAGCAAGAGGUUUGGAAUAUUUACAUGAACGUUGCAAACCAUCGGUGAUUCAUAGAGAUCUUAAAUCAUCUAAUAUACUUUUGGAUUCAAGCUUCAAUGCCAAGCUUUCGGAUUUUGGUCUUGCGGUUAUGGAAGGGGCUACUAGCAAAAACAUUAAGCUUUCGGGGACAUUGGGUUAUGUGGCUCCCGAAUAUCUUUUAGAUGGGAAAUUGACGGAUAAAAGUGACGUUUAUGCAUAUGGAGUUGUACUUUUGGAGCUUCUACUCGGAAGAAGGCAUCUUGAAAAAUUAACAUCAUCAAAGUGCGAAUCUAUUGUCACUUGGGCUAUGCCACAACUAAUGGACAGAUCAAAGCUUCCAAGUGUGAUAGAUCCUGUGAUUAGAGAUAAAAUGGAUCUUAAACACCUUUAUCAAGUGGCUGCGGUGGCGGUGUUAUGUGUUCAAUCGGAACCGAGUUACCGUCCAUUGAUAACCGAUGUUUUACAUUCUUUGGUUCCUCUUGUCCCUGUUGAACUUGGAGGGACACUGAGAGUUGCUGAAACUGCGGUUGUAACAUGAUACUGAUAAAAUACAACCUUGUUUUCUUUUCUUACCUAGUGAAGAAGAAAUAGAUUUAAAAAAUGUUUUUUUUUUCUUAGCUCAUACUUGUGUUCUUGUAAUUAUAUCCGUUGUGUUAUUUUUUUUGGGAAAUUUUGAGCACUAAUUGUAGACGUGGGACAAGAAUAUGAAGACAAAACAAUUUGAUUAAUUAAUUGACAAACAAUAAAUUUAUUAA